AUUUUGGCCAUAUUCCUUUUGCAUUCCCAUCUAUAUAAACAGACCAGCUCCUUCACUUUCCUUGUCACAUUCCUUCUCUGCCAUUCUUCAAUUCCUCACUUGCUGCUAGGCUAGCUCGCCACAUUUAAGCAACUGAAAUGGAAUUGCUUGGAUACAUCAUAGUAGCCUUCCUUCUAACAAUUUUGAGGACAGUUAAGUGCCAAGGAUCUGGGUGGAUUGAUGCCCAUGCUACAUUCUAUGGAGGGGGUGAUGCAUCUGGGACAAUGGGUGGUGCUUGUGGGUAUGGGAAUCUGUACAGUCAGGGUUAUGGAUCAAAUACUGCUGCAUUGAGUACUGCUCUUUUCAACAGUGGGUUGAGCUGUGGAGCUUGCUUUGAGAUUAAAUGUGUAAAUGAUAAUCAAUGGUGCCUACCUGGAUCCAUUAUAAUUACUGCUACUAAUUUUUGUCCACCAAAUUUUGCCUUGCCUAAUAAAGCUGGAGGUUGGUGUAACCCUCCUCAGCAUCACUUUGAUCUUUCUCAGCCUGUCUUCCAACUCAUUGCUCAGUACAAAGCUGGAAUAAUCCCAGUUCAAUAUAGAAGGGUUCCUUGCAGGAAGACAGGAGGAAUUAGAUUCACAAUCAAUGGGCACUCAUACUUUAAUCUAGUGCUCAUAACCAAUGUGGGUGGAGCUGGUGAUGUGGUUAGUGUUUCCAUAAAAGGUUCUGAAACUAACUGGCAAGUAAUGUCAAGGAACUGGGGACAGAACUGGCAGAGCAACUCCUAUCUAAAUGGUCAAGCCCUCUCUUUCAAGGUCAUAACAAGUGAUGGACGCACACUCAUCGCCAACAAUGUUGCUCCCUCCAACUGGGCUUUUGGCCAAACCUACACUGGAGGCCAGUUCUAAUAAUAAGCUAACCAAAAUCAUCCUUGUUCCAGACCGUCUAACAGAAAAUUUCUUCCUAGUCCUAUUAUAUAUAUACAAGUUUAUUUUUUAUAUAUGGUGUUUCAAUGGGGAAUUCUUUUUUAAAAAAUGACCCCAUAGUUAUAUAUGUAUGAGUUUGUGUCUGACUUGUAGCUUCA